AUGCAGGUGAACCAAGAACGAACUUUCGUUCUUGCCGUUAUCCUUGCGGUUUUGGUAGCAUACAAUCUGCGCUCCUACAAUAAGAUCUUGCAGACUUUCCAAAAGGUUUCAAACAAGGAAGAUCAUCAACAACUAGCAGGAACCAGUGGAAGCAUCGUGGCGGACCGAAACUCAUCGCAAGAAAUUCCUCAACCACCAUCCAACUCGUCGAACAGGAGUAUUGGAAAACACCCAAACUCGCCACAAAACCCCUCUAGUGCAGUGGGACUUACUCAAAGAACAACGUCCAACUCUUCCAGUAACAGUCGGACUUUGGAUGACGGCUUGUCAUUUGCCACUCCGACUGGCAUUGCUAGCAAGUGGGAGUAUCUGACGGAAGACCUCUUGGAGGAGUACUUCACACCGGCAGAAAUCAAGGGUAUGGCCACCAAAGAGUGCGGCGACGUCAUGGAUCCUCAAAACCCCUGGCAAUGGCAAGGUCAGGCGAAACGUAGAAUUUCCAGUACUUCAGGACCAUGUUGUCCGAAUGGCCACAUUUAUGGCUGGUUUGGAAUUAAUCUAAUGGACACAUCUCCAUAUUGA